AUGUCAUUCGGUUGGAGCGCCGGUGAUGUGUUCGCCGCAGCACAGCUCCUCUGGGGCUUGUACAAGGCUUUGGACGAAAAAGAAGGCGCCCCCGAACACCAUCAAAGAUCUGCAUCAACUCUAAGGACUGUCCAGUUUCGGCUACGUCUCAAACUUUCAAUCAGAAGGCUCGAAGCCUUAGUAGAGAAGGGCUGUGGCUUGAAGCUAGAUCCGACCAAGAAGAAACGACGUCGAGACUGGCCCAUGGAUCAGAUCAACAAAAUACGUUGGUACACGUUGAACCAGGACGAGGUGGAUGGCCUGAUUCAGCAUAUGCUGGAACUCACUGCUCCCCUGUCGGAUCUGCACCAGAAAAUCAACAAUGCCGUUGUCAAAGAACUAGCAGCCAACCAAGGGGUAUACCACGAAACUCAAUUGAAAUAUCUCAAGGCAAUUUUGGAACAGGUUAUAGUGAUGGCAAGGGGACCUACCCAGAAUCAACUACUAGGUUUGAACCAGGACGAAGAGGAGAAGGGGCAGGUGCCCUUGCUCCACACUGGUCCCGAGCUCGGCAUCUCUUCGCCAGCUGAGCAUGCACCAACGGUCGGGUCAGCUCUAUCUCAUCUCACGAGCAUUGCUCAUGAGAUUAUGAAUCCGGGCCUACGAGCGAGGGCGUUGAACUUGAGGGCUGAUCACCAUGUCAAGAAUGUCUUCACCAGUUGGUACAAAGGCACGAUCCCAGCACGGCUGUGGCUGCAUGGCGAUCAGGCCGGCACCGUGAGCGCGAUAGCCUACAUGGCCGCUCGAGAUCAAAGACGGCCCACCAUUGCCUUCUCUGGACGCCACGCUGCUGGUGGCCGACUACUCACGGACAAGGAGAAGCUCUACCGGAUGGUGUACUCGCUCCUCUUUCAAUUGUUGCAGCAAUUGGAAGAUAUCCCCACCUUAGCCGUCACCGGCGUGGACCGGCCAUUUACCGAUCUUCAACUGUCCAUGGAGAGCAUGCCGCUGGCGCUGCAGUACAUGGGAUACUUUCUAAGUCUACUUCCAGAGUGCAUCGUUGUUGUGGACGGGUGGCAAUUUAUCAGCCAGGAUGCCGGAGAGCAGGUAAAGCAGACUCUCAAGAAUUUCUUGGAUCUGUUUGAAAACCCACCGGAGAAUUCAGGGGAUGGUGAUUGGUGCAUCAGACUACUGCUCACGUCACCCGGGGACUCGUCAAUGCUACGGGAGCUUGGGCAGGCAUUUGUGCACGGUUUUAAUCUCAGGGGUCGACUUAACACUGGGGCAAAACUAUACAUAAUCCUGCUCGGCAUGGACUGGUAA